ACACAGAGGAGAGCAAGUCCUUCAAUAUUGCAACAUAAACCAUCCACACAGCAGACGUUUCAGGAUGAGAAAAUCUGUCGUUUUUCACAUUUUGCUCCUCUGUCUGUGUUGGACUUGGGCUCACAGCGAGGUGGAUAGUGACGCCAUUCAAACUCUAGAUCAAGGUCUCCAGGCUGAGAUUCAAGAUGUCAAAAUAAAUCAGGCAGAGAGAACCAAACAGACCAAUGGAACUGUGGACCUCUGGGCCGAGCUGAAGGAGCUCAGAGACAUGACCAUCGAACUGAAGACUGACCUGAAGCAUUACCUGAGCAGGACAGAGAAGCUGGAACAAGAAAAAUUAGACCUUGAAAUCAGAAUAAGCUCCACCGAGAAGGAGAUGGAGGAAAUCAAGAGCGAGAAUGCAGAUCGAGCAAAGGUGGCUUUCUCACUUGGCCUCACAAAUGCAGGACGCCUUGGACCCUUUAAUACUGACAUCACACUGAGGUUUAGUAAAAUAUUCAAAAACUAUGGCCAAGCCUACAACCCCGACACAGGCAUCUUCACUGCCCCAGUGAGAGGAGCAUAUUAUUUCAGAUUCACCUUCUUUGAGAUCAACAAUGCUCACUGGAUGGGUAUUCAUUUGUAUCAUAACAGCAAGAUAAUUAUGACUAAUUAUGACAGAAGUAACACCUACUAUGAAAACAUGUCUAAUGGAGUGAUACUUGAGCUGGAACGUGGGGAUGUGGUUUACAUAGUCCUUCAGGCACCCUACACUGUAUAUGAUGAGAAAAGAAAUUACAGCACCUUCACUGGAUUUCUUCUUUUCCAGUUGUAAAGGUAAACAUCUUUUCUCUGCAACAAGUUUAUACAUAUAUUACAGAACCUUAACAACAAAUAUGUUGGAAAACACAUGUAAAUUAAAUUAAUUGAACUAACUCAGGAUUACAACUGAAUUUUACCCCACUUUCCUCAGUCAAAAUUCUGACUUGAAUUCAAAGAUUGAUUUUAUAGUUUAGCACAUCUGACUUUUUUUUUUUUAUUAAGAAACUCAUUUAAAUAAAUGUAAGUGUUCAACUUUCUCAUUCAGCAAGUUAUAUUUUCGGGUAAUUGACUGUUGGUUAUAAAUUACAGAAUAAAUGUACGUUUAUACUUAAAACUUAUCUUGCCUAAUUAAAUGAACAUAUCUAUAUU